AUGCAAGUUCAUAGCGUAAUGCCAUCUCUCACAUUUCCAUCACAUUUCGCCCUUGUCACUGGUCGUAACGCAGAAAAUCACGGUUUGGUUGGCAACACAUUUUAUGAUUCGAAAUUAAAGGACAACUAUAUAUAUAAAAAUUCGACAAAACAACUUGAGUCCAAAUGGUUUGAAUAUAAUAAUAACGAACCAAUUUGGCUUUCCGUCCAAAGACAUGGAGGAAAAUGCGGAGUAAUGUACUGGCCAGGCAGCGAUGCACGAAUAAACGACAAAAUGGCAUAUGUGAAUUAUGGUCUCUAUAGCACCGUUCCAAGUCUUAGAUUCCGUGUUGACCGCGCAAUGGAUUGGAUAUCUAAACCAGAUGUUAAUUGUGUUCUGCUUUACUUCAACGAACCCGACUCUUCAGGUCACAACAGUGGUCCAAAUUCCCCAAAAGUGCUUAGUGCGAUUGAGAAAUGCAAUGAUGGUCUGGCAUAUUUAAUUGAAAGAAUUAAUGAAUCUAAGGACCUCCCUGAAAAACCAAAUAUUAUCGUCACUAGUGACCAUGGAAUGACAAAGGUCAAUAUCAGUGUAGUCGUACCUAUACAUGAAUACUUACCUCUUAAGGAAUAUAGGAGUGGAGUGGAUGGUUCACCUGCGACAUUGGGUAUCUGGCCGAUCCCAAAUGGACCGACUGUGGAUGAAUUGUACGAAAAAGUGAAAAAGGCGGAAACUGAAUUUGGACAUUGCAAGGUUUAUAAGAAGGAAGAAAUUCCAGAUGAGUACCAUUACAAAAACAAUGAUCGUGUUGCACCGAUUGUGGUGAUUGCCGAUGAGGGUUGGAUGAUUCUAUCAGAUAAGGACGAUCCAUAUACUGGAAGUCUAGCUGGAAUGCACGGAUACAAUAACUCCAACACAGAUAUGCAUCCAUUCAUUAUUGCUGCUGGACCUGGCAUCAGGAAAUUAGGCAGAGUGGACCGUUUCUAUCAGGUUGAUGUUUAUGCUCUGGUCCUUCUCCUCUUGAAAUAUUAUAUGCCUGCCGUUGUGGACAGCGAUGUCAUGCGAGUUGCUACCUUUGUGAAGACCAUACCUUCGAUGGAUGUGCUCAAACAGUUCGACAGAUAUGCUAAAGGCCUUGAUCCCCUUCCUGAUGCUUCUUCAAUGCUUGAAGCCAAUACCUUCUUCAUUCUUAUUCUAUUGCUGGUUAUUCAGUUUAUCUUGAGACACUAA